CAUUCGCAUCCAGUCUUUGGAGCGAGUUGCACACACACAGACACGCACACUCAGAAAACACACUGCACAGAGCAAGCGAUCCUAAGGAACUGCUGAAGAACCCAGUCACGUAGGGGGGAUAGACCAGACAAAGCCACCAAGAUGUGUGACAUGGGGGGAUUGGAUAACCUGGUGGCCAACACGGCCUACCUGAAAGCCCAGGGUGGCGACGACAAGGAGAUGAAAAAGCGUCGUCGGAGUUUGUCGCUGCCCCUGGCCGAGCAGUGUGCCACCAUCCGGACUACCAUUGAUAAGAACUUUGAGUCGCUCUGUGAGAGGCAGCCAAUCGGCAAGAAGUUCUUCCGGCAGUUCCUGACUGCUACCCCAGAGUACAUCAAUGCCGCUGAGUACCUGGACGAGCUGAAUGACUGGGAUCUGGCGGAAGGUGCUGACAAGGAUAAGCAGAGGGCGAACAUGAUGAAAAAGUUUUGCAAGGCCGACUCCAAUAACUUUCUGACCUACCUCACUGGGGAGGUAGCCGACAAGUGUAAGGCAGUGACGGACAAUGACUUUGACGAAGUGAUGAAUGUCAAGGUGAAGGAAGCCACACGGGAGUUUCUGAAAGACAAGCCCUUCACGGACUACCAAACUAGCCCCUUCUUUGACAAAUUCCUGCAGUGGAAGGAGUACGAGAAGCAGCCCAUCAGUGAUAAAACCUUUUAUGAGUUCAGAACUCUGGGUAAGGGAGGUUUCGGAGAGGUAUGUGCCGUACAGGUGAAGAACACAGGCCAGAUGUACGCCUGCAAGAAGCUGUGCAAGAAGCGCCUGAAGAAGAAACAUGGUGAGAAGAUGGCCCUGCUGGAGAAGCAGAUCCUGGAAAAGGUCAACAGCCUGUUCCUUGUCAACCUGGCCUACGCCUACGACACCAAGACCCACCUGUGCCUUGUCAUGACUCUGAUGAACGGCGGUGACCUCAGGUACCACAUCUAUUACGUCAGUGAGAAGACCAAGGGUAUCGAGAUGCCACGUAUCAUCUACUACACAGCGCAGAUCUGCACAGGCAUCCUUCAUCUGCAUGAAAUGGAUAUCAUAUAUCGUGACAUGAAGCCCGAGAACGUGCUGCUGGACAGCUUUGGCCAGUGCCGACUCUCUGAUCUGGGUCUGGCCGUGGAGCUGCCCGCCGGAAAGACCAUCUCCCAGAAGGCUGGAACCGGAGCAUACAUGGCCCCUGAGAUCCUGAACGAUGUUCCCUACAGGACAUCGGUGGACUGGUGGGCGCUGGGAUGCAGUAUUUACGAGAUGGUGGCUGCCUACACCCCGUUUAAGGGUCCCGAAUCCGGGAAGCAGAAGGUGGAGAAGGAGGAGGUGCAACGUCGCAUCUGCAAAGAGGAACCCCCGUGGGAGCACAAGAACUUUGAUGCGCCCACCAAGGCCAUCAUCCAGGAGUUCCUCAAGAAGAAUAUCGAUGAACGCCUGGGCUGCAAGGGAGGAGGUGAGGACCCCCGUAAGCACGAGUGGUUCAAGUCCAUCAACUUUCCUCGUCUGGAGGCUGGUUUGAUCGACCCCCCUUGGGUGCCCAAGCCCAACGUGGUCUAUGCCAAGGACACUGGCGACAUCGCUGAGUUCUCCGAGAUUAAGGGCAUUGUGUUCGACGCCAACGACGAGAAGUUCUUCAAUGAGAUUGGCACGGGAGCGGUGGCCAUUCCGUGGCAACAGGAGAUGAUCGAUACGAACCUGUUUGACGAGCUGAACGACCCCAACAGGAAAGAGAGUGCUGGGGGUGAUGACGGGGAGGGGAAGUCUGGCACGUGCACAUUGCUGUGAACAGUCAAACCUGGCACAUAUAUACACCGAAACAUGGCACCAAUACAUCAACUGAUUCGCUCAUGUUCUGUAAAAUUCUUGUAAAACAUUACACACAGAAAUAAUUGAACAAAAUGCAUCGGAGAACCACAAGAGAGAGAUUAGGUAUCCUUCACUGGACCUGGCCGAUUUCCAUUGAUUUUAGUAAAAUGGGUUGAAAGUUCCCUGAGCUUCCAAACACAUAGGAGAGUAAAGGUGGCUUUACCAAGAUUGGUAUUGGUAGUCUCUUCAGAUUGCAGCUACUCCCAGAUGUUUCUCAUGAUGUAUUUGUGCCCUCCUGGCCAACAGGGGUCGUAAGAUUAAAAUAUAACAAAUUCAUAUUGUGGAUAAAACAUUUUUUUAAAUGAUUAAUGGAUAAACACAGGCCUCUGUUUACAUACAGCCUGCAUCAGAAAGAUGUGUGUAUGUAGACUGCAGUGCUAGCCCUAGGCCUGAAACCUAGGCAUUGGCCACAAUGGAGCACGGUAUGCUGAAUUUACUAGUUUGGGAAUAUGGAAUAUCUCAUUCUUGAUUGUGUUCCAUUAAUUGAAUUUGAUAGAGGCCACAUUUUAUUCAACCGUCCCCCCGUCCCGUCCCCAUCCCCCCGUCCCGUCCCCCGUCCCCGUCCCCGUCCCCCCGUCCCGUCCCCGUCCCCCACACCGAGAUUCCUUUUGUCUCUCUAAAGGCAGAGGUGAUAACUUUUUUUUGUUGUCAAAUAUUUCAAAAGAUCAAUGUCUGUAUGGACACGUCACCUUUUUUAGAAAUUCCACCUGGAAGCGAUCAGAAGCGAAGAAAUAAUAUUUCUACAUCAGAAGUUAUUUCAAAACGAAAUGUGGCAGAGAUUUUACUAACCUUUAGUCGAUCACUAAAUUUCCAAGCAGAUGCACUUUACAAGCUAGCAUCUAGUUUUAUUUCAAAACGAUGUUGUAUAUGAAUAUAAAUAUGUAUAUCUAUGCAUUGACAUGGGGAGAAAUCCACAGAUUAGGUGCUAGUCAGGACUUGAUGAAUGCUCAACUCUCAUUGGGCUGUGAAGGUUCUAUGCCCUGGUUUCUCAGGAGAGAGGAAUGGAAUGUAGAGAAAAUCCAGUGGGAUUCUAUAUUAGAAGAUUGAACAUUGAGAGGAGUUGGGCUUGGCCAACAACGUGUUCCUGUACCAGGAAUAUCUAUUUGUCCCUCCCCCCAAUGCUUCCAUUCAUGUGAUUUGUCUGAAGUUCGAGAUACAUGUAGAAAAAAGUUAGAAUCUAGUUAGCUUGCUAGCUUUCAAAACUUUUAACAAAGAAAAUCACAGUUCCCUUGUUUGUUGUCUCAGGGUUAAGACUUAUUUCAUAUAAUAAUAAUAACAAUAAUAUAUCAUUAUUAUAUAACUUUAAAUGGACUAAUUUUAUUAUAUUAUACUAUGAAUAUCAAUAUCAUAAACAUACUUGUAAAUAUAAUUUGAGAGGAAAACAUUACAUAUGCUACUCUAUGUCAGUCAUUUAUCAGGGACUUGCUUGAAUCUUGAAUUAUUUGAAUAAAAAUAUGUCU